UGUCAUUGUCAUCGACAUUCAUUCGCCGUUGUUAAAUUAUAAUUUCUCGUUUGCCUUGUUUCUUGUUUGGUAACUAAACUCUUCUAUUAGACAUUAAUGUAAGAGAGAACUACCACAAUGACGCUUACUAAAAUGGAGGUGGACUCUGUGAAGGGUGAAGGCUUUCGGCCCUACUACACAACAAAGAUCGAAGAACUUCAAUUAAUCGUUGCCGAAAAGUCUCAAAACCUUCGUCGUCUCCAAGCCCAACGAAAUGAACUCAAUGCUAAAGUUCGUAUGCUGCGAGAAGAACUCCAACUUCUGCAGGAACAAGGUUCCUACGUCGGGGAGGUCGUUAAACCUAUGGACAAAAAGAAGGUACUCGUUAAAGUGCACCCAGAGGGCAAGUUCGUAGUUGAUUUAGACAAAAACGUCGAUAUUAAUGAUGUUACUGCUAACUGCCGCGUCGCACUUCGCAAUGAAAGCUAUACUCUUCAUAAAAUCCUCCCAAACAAAGUCGAUCCCCUUGUGUCUCUUAUGAUGGUUGAAAAAGUGCCAGAUUCUACUUAUGAGAUGGUAGGAGGUUUGGACAAGCAAAUUAAGGAGAUCAAAGAGGUUAUUGAAUUACCAGUUAAACAUCCUGAGUUGUUUGAUGCUUUGGGUAUCGCUCAACCUAAAGGAGUGUUACUAUAUGGUCCACCGGGUACAGGUAAGACUUUACUAGCGCGUGCUGUCGCCCACCACACUGAAUGCACCUUCAUCCGAGUCUCUGGUUCCGAGUUGGUGCAGAAAUUUAUUGGUGAAGGAAGUCGUAUGGUAAGAGAGCUCUUUGUGAUGGCUAGAGAGCAUGCUCCCUCUAUUAUUUUCAUGGAUGAAAUCGAUUCUAUAGGAUCAUCCCGUAUUGAAUCUGGUAGCGGAGGUGAUUCUGAAGUACAAAGAACUAUGUUAGAGCUGCUUAACCAACUGGAUGGAUUUGAGGCCACAAAGAACAUUAAAGUCAUCAUGGCUACUAACCGAAUUGACAUUCUCGAUCCUGCUCUUUUAAGACCUGGUCGUAUUGACAGGAAGAUUGAGUUUCCCCCACCAAAUGAGGAGGCUCGUUUAGAUAUUCUGAAAAUUCAUUCUCGUAAAAUGAAUCUUACAAGAGGUAUCAAUCUAAGAAAAAUAGCAGAACUGAUGCCAGGUGCAUCUGGAGCUGAGGUCAAGGGUGUCUGUACUGAAGCUGGUAUGUAUGCUCUCAGAGAGCGUAGAGUCCACGUUACACAGGAAGAUUUUGAAAUGGCUGUUGCCAAGGUUAUGCAAAAGGACUCUGAGAAGAAUAUGUCUAUCAAGAAACUGUGGAAGUAAUUUUGCUUUUAUUUGUAACUUCUAUGUAUUAGAUUAAUAAAUGAUUUCUUAUA